AUGAAUGAAGGUGUGACGAAACGCCGCCGCCAUUGCCCUCUCCCGAAUGCUCGGGUCCUGCCACCACCACACCAAACUUCAACCGCGUCCGACCUUUGGCCUUCGUCACAACUGGAGAGGGGCGCUCCGCGGAGAUGCAAAUUCUGCAUUCUCAAGGAUCUGAGGCAGGCAUCCAUUAGCCUUUUGGGGGCUGCCAAUUCGUGUCAAUCUGUGCUGCAAGCCUACAAGCCUGCAAAACGCUUUCAGGGCUGUUACAACCUACGGCACUUCCCAAUGCUGCCCGUCGCUGAUCAUUGCAUCGGUACCGCCGUGCUCGAAGCCUGGACCGUGGGGGGGAAGGAUGCCAGUCUAGCAAAUGUUCAUUCUGCCUUGUCGAAGCCCCCCAACUGGCGAUCAUUAGCUGGGCCUCAUUCCGACUGGAGGACACAACUCGGAAAUAUCUACGCAGCUUUUUUCGCAGAGACCGACAGGCACUACCACACCCGCACCCUUUGUUUUGUUGACGGCCAUCGAAACGUUUCUAACGUUUCGCCAGCCAGAGGUACAUCUUGCGCAGGUACCUCCAAAAUGCCACAUUGGUCUGAGGUUGGAGCUCUCCGCCGCCCGGAUGCCUGGCUAGAGCUCAGCCCGGCCCCAGCUUCGUCUGAUGACCCCAAGCCCAGCGAGCGCGACCAGUCGCCAGCGACGCCGGCCUGCCGCGAGGGCACGCCUGGGCCUGGGACGUUCUGCGUCUGGAAGGGCUGGAACCAGUCUGUGUCACUUGGGUCUUGCGGUGGCCCUGUUGACGAAUUUUUGGCUACGCAGGGAAAUGCCUGUGGAGCAUCUCCGAAUCGGAGUGUGGGAGAUUGGUCCCUUGAACGGUGGACCUGGGCAGAUAGGUCCAACGGCGGGCAAUGGCAUCUUGCAUCAAUGAUGCAUCUUGAGGAGCCGUACGGGGUAUCCGUACCUACUGCCGUCCCCUUUCUUACACGCGCGGAUGGAUCCUCGAUUCCGGUUUACUGGAUGGACUUGGUUGACCUUUGGUAUGAUAUCAGGUUCGCACAAGCGCAUCAACCUACGGCUAUUGUCCAUGUCUGUCACGAAUGCAACCGCAAAAUUCACGUCUCCGAGCUUGGCAAAGUGUGCCAUAUUCGAACCUUGCCGCAACGAUCCGACGAGGACAACCUCUUUUGGGGUGUCGUGACGGUGAUUGGGGGCAAGGUUCCCCAACAUGACCCCUUCCCUGAGCUUCGACUUCAAGAGAGGACGGCACGGGGCCUCGAAUUACUUCAGGAACGUGAUGAGAGUCGAGAAACUCAAGCUUUUUGGUGGUGGUCACUGGUCAAGCCGUCAAAGGAAAGAGGCUGCCCGGCACAAUAUCGCAUAGGGCGCGAUGAACAGCUCAACAGCCACCUCCUAAGGCUCCUCCUAGUAGACUUCAGACCGGUGGUCGUCGCUGACACAUUUGGCCCUGGUUGGCCUUGGAUGGAACGGAGGUUCUGGACCAAUAAUUGCCCACUUUACAGGACGAGGCAAGUGCCUUGGUUUCUGGCCCAGCUUCCCACCUUUUUUUCCACGGGACGAAUGCUCAUGUUAAUGCCUUGGGGCGCAUUCUACGCAGUAACAGCUGGACAGCAAAAAUUGUUGGUGGAAAAGGGUUUUGAAAAGCUUUUCUGGCCGUCCCAAACGUUUUCCUACAUCAUUGAACUUGACCUUUGGUCCUUGGAUAUAGGACGCCUGAUCUGCGAGAACCCAGAAAAGGGAUGCAGGGCACAUCGAAACGCCGUUGAAAUCCGUACGAGCCGUCAACCAGACUACAACCAAACGAACGACGGGAGGCCGAGACAGCGCUACAGCGACAUCGCGCAGCAAGCCAUCAUCACGCCCAGAGCCGGAACCCAGAGGGAAGAGACGCACGCCUACCUUUACGACCCCUCUUACCUUCCACGUCCCCCUUCCCUCUCCCGCGAGUCGAACUGCAUCGUCGUUGGAGCUGAGCUCGGGAAGCGAAGCAUCGGUUGGGAGGCUUUUUGCAGCAAUCCAUCCACCAGCACCAGCACCAGCACCAGGCCCGAGUUGUCCUUCCUGUUUCCCCUUUUCCUUGUUGGGUUACCUUCACCAUUGGAGCGACAUAUCGUCCCGUUGACCCUCUCAUCCAUCCAUCCAUCCUACGAGCAUCGUCGUCUCGUGCUUGCUGGCUGUUCGUCGUCAAAGGUGCCACAACAUAUUGGCGGCCCCAGCUGCGUUUGGAUCGUCAAAAGAGAGAAAGAGGCAACAGAUUCUGCCACCACACACCCUUCAUCGUUCGUCGUCUGCUGCUGCUCACCCGAUCCUCUUUUCUCUCUCAGUUUCGCCCUCUCACGUUGUCGGAGCAGCCACCACCAAUCCAACUCAACCAGCCACUCAGCUCUCAUAACUGUAAAGAUCGAGACAACCAGUGACAGAGACCCUAGCAUCUGCACCAAAACGUGGGGAAGACCGUGGGAGAGAACCAAGACACACAAACCGCAAGGAAAAGAGAAGAGACAAGCAGGUCCCAUCCUGUCAAGUUGUGUGGACGUUGUGAAGCAGAACAUCCCGUCCUUUUUAACAGGAACAACGACCCGGUCAAGCUUGGCCUACAGCCUGUUCCCCACACACCCCCUCGUUCCCUCUCUCUCUCACAGUCGGAAGUCUUCUCCUGAUCUCUCCUCUCAAGAGGGACACUCACACGUAUCCGUACUCACCACACCCCCCUCCUCCUCCUCCUUGAAUCCCCUCCAUCCCCACCGUCUCUUCUCACAGUCACCAGUCACCCAUCCCAUCCCAUCCAUCCCUCAUCCCUCACCCCUCUCCGCUCGUCGCUGCACGCCCACUCCCACGCCGGCGGCCCUGCUCGGUGGUGUCUGGCAAGCCGCAAAACCGCCGCUCUCUUCCAUUUCCUUACACACUGCAACCUCUCAUCGCUGCGUCCCUUAUCUCUGGGCUGGCAAAAACAAGCUGUCAAAUAUUCAACUGAAGCUCAAUUGCGCCCGCUUGGAUGCCUUUCCCCCCAGUCACAGUCUCAGCAGCGCACCGCUCCGUACCUUAUCUCGCGGCUGUUUAGAUUCUCCCACCCUUUCCAAGUCCCUCUACCACGCUGGCGGUUUCGCCCCAAUUCUCGUGCGGGCGCUCGUAGGCGCCACUGGCAACUUCUCCCCCGGAUAUCCCUUUUUCGGGCAAUUUUUUACGACCCCGUCCCUGCUUGUCAUCUCUUUUGCGCCCGCAACCACGCGCGAGAAGUGCCAAACACCCAUACAACGAACACUUCCAGAACAUCGUAGGGCUGGGAGUGUGGAACACGCGACGUCACAACGGCGUCCUAUCUACAGAUCCAGAUCCAGAUACAGAUCCUCCCGUGCUUGCGUUGCCGCUGCCGCUCACGCUGCCGCUGCCGCCAACGCCGACCGGCAACCUGCCUCAACCCCCGGACCAGAUAAGGCAUGGCAGAUAAGAUGUCCAUCGACAACAAAGAUCCCGUCAAGGAGGAUACUCCAGAGACCGUGGGUUCUAGUCCCGAGGGCGAACAUCAGCCUGCGCCUAAUGGCACUUCAAACAAUCCCAAUGGUGCUGCUGAGGGCCAGCAACCAAAGCGAAAGGGUGGCCGUAAGCCUCAUCAACACCUUUACUCAAGUGUGCGACCUUUUGCGUGUGUUUAUUGUUCUCUAUCAACACCACAACUUCCCCAGACUUUCAGGAAGGCUAAUUGUUUACCCCAAGAUCUACGCCACCUCCGAGGAGCGUAAGCAACGCAACCGCCAGGCUCAAGCUGCCUUCCGCGAGCGUCGCACAGAGUACAUCAAACAGCUCGAGGAAGCCAUUCGUGUUCAUGAGUCCAACCUGCACAACCUUCAGGCCGCUCAUCGCACUGCUGCCGAUGAGUGUCUGAUGCUGCGCUACAAAAACUCCUUGUUGGAACGCAUCCUCUUGGAGAAAGGCAUCGAUGUUCAAGCUGAGCUUCGUGCCAAAACUGGCAGCCCCAACUUGGGGCCGACUCAUGCUCCUCAAAAUAUGGUCCAGCCACCGCCUAUCCAGCGAGCCAUCCUGAACCGACAUCACCAGUCUCGCCGAUCCAAUUCGAGCAUCGCCCCGAAGCUGGAGCCCGGCAUCAGCCCUCUGCCCCCGCCGAUACAAGCAGCCCACUCUGCUGCUUCACCAAAGGGCCGGCCCACCCCUUCAUCACACUCCAACUCGCCAUCAAGCACGGCACCGUAUGGAGGCCAGCAGGCUCUUUCACCGGCAGCCUCUGACCACGGACCGCUUCGUCCUGGCAUGGCACCGUCCAUGAAGUCUCAACUCAGCCCCAUGGGUCCCAUGAACCCGGCCGCUCGAGCUCAUAUGAUGUCCGGAGGCCCUCCUCGCGUCGGCAAUAACGGUUCAUACUACCCAACACCUGGGUUCCAGAACCACAUUGAGCAGCUAGAACAAGAGUAUGAUGCUCCAGCGGACAUGAUUGAAGACUCCGAGAUCGACACCCCAAGCGGGCCUGGGCCAUAUCCCAGCGGCUUCUCUGGCGACGCACCGCAGCAUAUGAUGACUUCGCCAAACUCCGUUGGUCCCGGCCACGGCCAGCACAUGACGUCUCAGGCCGAGCCAGCACAACCUACCCACACGACCCAGGGUGCAUAUCCCUCCAUGACCCAGCUCUUGGAUACCGGCAUUGAUUGGGAUCCCUUUGGGCUGAGCGCCAGCAUGGCCUUCCCAUCACAAUUCUCUUUCGAUACCAGCAACAUGCGAAUCGAAAUUCUCGACACCUGCACGUGGACCGGGAUCGUUGUGUUCAGAGAGGAGGAUCUGUCCAAAUUUGUUUUAUCAAGGCCUACAUGGUUUGCGAGGAGCGAAGACAACUCGAUACCCGAGACGACACGACAUCAGCAUUCGGACGGCGAGAUUCGAGGGGAAACAAAAAUUAUCAAGAUGGCUUUCAAUACCCGCGCCGUGCGGUCAUCUACGGGGAAAUGCGAUCACGACAUAAAAAAGUUACCAACAAAUCAUUUUGUCUCUUUCGAAAUUUGGACAGUCAAAACUGGGCGGCGGAAAUACCCCACGGGAGGUUUGGCGGCCUGCAGUGUCUACGGUUUUGGGACUGAUGGUAUGUCGUUGCUACAGGCCCUCCCGGCCGUGGGGUCCAGAUCGGACGACGGCGGAAAGUGCGGGAACACGGAGGCAUCUGGGAGGGAAAUGGACAAACCCGCGCCCACUUGUGGCUGCCGCGCGUCUGGGACAAGACGGGGCGAACGGGUUUCGGACUGGGUUCCGUACAUGAGAGACUUUGUUGGCUUGAAUUGA